AUGCUAACUCCAGAUUUUGUUGUUACCCAAGAUGAGAAAUUUGUAUUUAUCAAGAUUAAAGUCUCCACUAUAAGGUUCAACGCGGCUGCUUUGGAAAUGGCAGUUGAGGGAAGCGUCUUUGUAUUUUACCUGUCACCUUACUACUUGAGGCUGGCAUUCCCCCACGAGGUUGUUGACGACGAAAGAGCUUCAGCUAAAUACUGUUCCAAAGAUGAAUCUAUCGAUAUACAGCUUCCCAAGCUCAAGGAGGGAACUUUCUUUGAAGAUUUAGAUGUACCGACAAAGCUACUGGCAAGACGAGGGGAUUUGAUAGGAGCUGACGCAGCAUCGAAGCGAGAUGAUCGAUGCAAAAAGCCCUUGAUUCAAGAAAUUGGCUCUGGAAACGAAAAUCUCGAAAAAGAGGACCUGCAGGCUAUCAGCGCAGCUGGAGAUUCUUUCAGCUGGGAAAUUGAGCAAACAGCAGAUAAACAAAAUAGCAGGUUACUCUCUAUAAAAUAUGGUUUUGAAGAUGCGUACGAUACUAGCGUUUCCGUGUCUGUUUCGAACGGAAACGAUAUAAAUGAGCUUGAUGAUCCGGAGCGCACAACGCCAAAUAAUCGUGUGAAGGAAAGGCUUCGCAAAGAGGACCUGAAAUUCGACCCUGAAUACUAUGUGUCAGAAUAUAUGAUUAAGCGAUAUGCGUCUCCGGAAGAUUUGGUAAUUAAUGGUAUAGAAGAAGUCAUGAAAUUUACUCCGCCGCUAGUGAAGGAUUAUUUGAAGUGGUACAAGAACAGUGAUGACAGGAACUCUGUGAUGCCCAUAGUAUUCACCGAAAAGGAACAAGAACAAAUGCAAAAAUAUAUACCGAGGAAAGAGUAUCUGGUAAGCGAGCCCAAGAAAUUAUAUGUGACAAUACUUUGCUUACUGUUCGCAUAUAUAUUUGAACAGAUGGAAACAGGAGGCGUUCACAACACAGAGUCUGCUUGGUCUAUUGGGAAGCUGACCCCUCAAAUAUGCUUCUUAGAUCAGCAAUUACUGUUGAAGGACGCCACUGAGGGCGUAUCUUUGAUAAAGGCUGCCAUCAUCACGGGAAUAAGGAGGUCUUUGAGUUAUCCAUUGCACAGAAACUACGAUCUGUCGACCAAAGCUUGGACCUUUGUAUACUACGUACUUCGGGGCGGUAAAAGACUGGUGACGAGAUGCCUGCUCGAUAUACACGAGAUUUUCAGAUUCCAUGACGUGUAUUACGUGUACAACAGGAUUUUACUGGACGACCUUUGUUCGUGGUUUAUCUCUCAGGGAAGCGAGAAUGUAACCAGAAGCUUGGCUCUGGAAAUGAAAAAAGAGCUGGAUCAAAUAAGUAAGGACGAGAUAGAAUUCAAUUGCAUAUCAGGAGUAGACGAGGAUACCGGUGAAUUGGCUACUGAAAAUAUGACCAUCAGAGAAAUGGAGAUCUUGGCGGAAAGGCAAUUUCAAGAGUCAGAAGGCGCUUCUUAA